AUGGAGGGAAAGGAAGAAACAUCUUCGUCCUCCAGGAGAAUGCAAACCCGUUCUGGACCUCUAAAAGAUAAUGCUGGCAAGAGGGGCCAUUGUGAUACAGAGGAUGACUCUUCUGGUACUGUGCAAAUGGCCCCCACUGCCAAACUCCAGAAGCACAAACAUGACCUGGAGCUGGCUAAAAUGAAAAUAACUUGUCAGGAAGACUUGAUCAAAGAGCUAACCAAGGGGAGAGACUUUUUAAAAGACCAGCUGUCUCAGAUAUCAAGAAAUAGGAAGAGGAAGAAGAAGAACACAAAGAAGAAGAAGGGGAAGAAAGGAACAAGGGAGAGACGAAGCAAACGGAGCAGUAUUUUAAGAGCUCGUGGACCAGAUGAGGUAAUUGCACGUUACCGGAAGGUGUUGAAGGCCUAUAAGAAGAAGAGCAUCACUGCUGCUUGCAAAAUAGUGGGAGUAGAUCGCAACACAAUUACACUGAAUGCACCAAUUGCAGAGCUUUCCAUUGCUGCCCCUGAGAAGUUUGCUGAAUUCAAAGAAGAGCAUUCCACAAAGCAGAAGCUUGGUGAUUUUGCUGGGAAAUGUUUGGAUGGCAUCCGUGACAACCCAGAUAUUGAGCGUAAAGUGCAGGCACUUAAGAAGGCAAGGCAACUGUUGCCUGUUGGAAAGGGGGACUUUUGAAUUGUUUGAUACACAUGUGAAACAUGUUCAUGUUCAGUGAAAUUAAAAUCUACCUCAGAUUUAUGGUCAAUUUAAAUGUUCAAUCACCUGUUUUAGGUGAUUUAUGUUUUUGUACAUUUUACCUUUUCCUUGUGCAUGAUGAACCUUUAAUUUUUUCUUGAAUCGGCUUUGAAAGAUUUACCCCCACAGUGUUGCCUUAAAUGACUGACCUAUUAUGAAAGAUUAAUCAGCAGUAGCCAAAUAGGACUGUUCAUCAUUCAUCACCUUAUUUCUUUAAUUACUCCAAUGUCCAUCCAUUUUGUUGUGCAAGGCAGGUAGUUGGUGUGUUGGGGUGAAAAGAAGCAAUUUUUUUCAUUAUUAUUUUAUAUUUUUAGGAAAAUAUGCUAUAGCAAUAAAUAAAGACAUGUGGCUUCACUGUUGAAAAAA